AAGAUGUUCUCUGAAAAGUUUCGAAGAAUUAAAGAUGAGGCAACGAGAAGUGGCAGACCAUACGAAGAUCCGGAGUUCCCUGCAAGCUCGAGCUCUUUGACAUUUCAAGGAUUAUGGGGUCAAGAUCUUGAGUGGAGAAGACCUCAGGAUAUUGAAGACAAUGCUAAGUUUAUAGUUGGUGGUGCCAAGUAUGAUGAUAUUACUCAAGGUCAACUUGGUAACUGUUGGUUUAUUUCCGUUGUUGCUACUAUUGCUACAGAUGAAGUGUUGUUUAAAAGGGUUGUACCAGAUCAAGAGUUGGAUCAAACAGGAGUGGUUUGUUUUUAUUUUUGGUACGAUGGCGAAUGGAAGGAAAUUAUUAUAGAUGACAGAUUACCUACAAGUAAACGCGGCCGAUUGAUUUACUGUAAAAACCAUGCCCAACCAAACGAAUUCUGGUGUCCUUUGCUGGAGAAAGCAUAUGCCAAAUUGUAUUCAUGCUAUGGUGCAUUAGAUGGGGGUCUUAUAAGCGAAGCUUUGGUUGAUUUAACUGGUGGCAUUGGCGAAACUUUAAAUUUACCACCAAAACCUACAAAUGAAUAUGUGAAAACGAUGGAACAUUUAUCUGCCAUACUUCUUAAAUGUACCAAAAUGAAUACGAUGCUUGGUGCAGGGAUUAUCGUAAACGAGGAAAGGUCGGAAAGAAAAUAUACGAAAUUAAUGGAUGAACAUGCUUACAGUAUUAUAAAAAUUGUAGAGAUAGAAUAUAAAUAUGAUUAUGUUACAUUGUUAUUGAUGAGAGAUCCCAAUGCUAGAAAUGCCGGCCAUAUGGAAUGGAAUGGAGCAUGGAGCGAAAAUUCUGAUGAGUGGAACCACAUAUCUCUUGAUAUCAAAAGAAAACUGGAAUAUUCACAAGAUUUGGAUGGCCAAUUCUGGAUAAGUGUAAAGGAUUUUGUGAAACAGUUUGACUAUGCUUAUUGUACACAUUUAACUCCAGAUGCUUUAACAUCAGAA